CAGCUGAUCGCAGUACGCAUUUGUAAACAAUGGCGAGUGAUUUUGUGCGGGAAGAUGGUCCGGGUGAAAAAAUGCCUGAAAUUGUGUUAAGUGAAGUUCAAGGUGAUAGCAAAGAAGUGGAGGAUGAAUUAUCUAGUGAUUCUGACAAUAAACUGACCAUUUGCACAAAUUUACCCGUGAAAAAACGACGUUUUAAAAGGAAACGGGUACCGGAAGAUAAACCAGCAGUUCAGGACAAAGUGCAGGAGGACUUGGAAGCAGAAAGUUCGAGAAAUCUCGGUCCAAAUGAGAUUAGGAAGAUUCUUAAGACAGUGGUGUCAAAUGAUCAUGUGCUUGCGAUGGUGAGGCUGAAAGAAGAGGAAUUGGCAGAAGCAGAGGUUGAAGAGGAAGUUGAAGUGGAGACAGAAUCUGCAGAUUUAAUGCCGAAAUUGACCAGGUUGAAGGCCAAGGAGCUCAAUAAGCAACUUCCGGCUAUUGUCCCACUAACUCUGAAGGCUCCCGAAGAGGAAUCAGAGACUGCAGUGCUGAUGACAAAGGAAUUGAACGAGGAUACGGAUGAUGAGGAAUACAAACCCUCUGAGGAGGAUUUUCACUCAGAUGAUGACACAAAUACCUCAAUCUCUGACAUGGAUUCCCAGCCAGCAACUCCCGGAGGAGAUUCCAUGCCUCUUCCAGAUGGGGAUGACAGCAUAAAGUACACAAAAGAUGGACUAUUCAAGAUUCCUCAGGUUUGUGCAACUCCUUCUCCCAACAAAAAGUCCCAGGAACCCUUCAGACCACCAGCUCUGGGCACCAGGUCUAAGGUAUCCCUGGCAAAGACCACCAUUGAGGACAUUGAGGAGACUUUUGUGCCUCCGGACAUCACCACGGAUAUGUACGAAUUCGACUGCGACAUGGACAAUGUUUGGCAGGAGUUUCUCAAUGAAUUCCGUCGGCCGCUGACCACGACGGAAACCCAUGAGGAGGACGAUGAGGCAGAUCCUGAAUAUGUGGCUGCUGAUCAGAUACCCCUGGACAAGGAGGAACUGCGAGAGGUGAAAGUGAGCCGGAAGGAGUUGAGUGAUCUCAUGGCUGAACUCUUCGAUGGGAUUGAUGAUGAUGGCAAUCCUGAGAUCCUCUGCCCAGCCGUCGGUGGAGACGAAGAAGAAGCUGGUGGUGCAAGAACAAAGCCCACACCGACUAAAUAUCAGAAAAACCGAGUGGAACUUUCUCCUGAACCAACGAUGCCGUUCAACAUGAUUGCUCAGUCAACUCCUAUCGUUUACCAUCAGAACUACCAGGAUCUGUCCAAAGGAGAUGAUGUCCUGGAGAUGUCAACGGUGUUGGAAAAUUCCCUGGACAUGGAAGAAGAGGAGCAACAACCUGAGAAUCUCCAAGACACUCACUCAGAUAGCUCGACGGAAGUGAUGAGUUUCUCAGCAUUGGACUCUCCCAAACAGAUCUACCGGAAAGUAAUUGAGCUCAAGUACCGACAAAUGGCCAAAGUUCAGCCAGUAGAGAUCUUUGAGCCAGGUCAAAUUGGAUUUACUGACUUCCAGCGGCAGAUUCUAGCUCAGCAACUUAGGAUGCACGUACAACUCAAUACUCAACACUUUGUGCAGACCUACUCGCAUCCCCAUCUCUGGAAAUCGGCUGAGAAACCCAGGAAAAUGUUGGCAGAACUCUGGGAUAUUGCCAAAAGCAACAGGAACUCAACAUUCAAUGCAAUUAAUCUCCAAGGAGCCGUUGAACUCUGCGAAUCGUGGAAGAGGGAAAUGGAUGUGAUCAAUGAAGAGAAUACUGAGUACGUCAGAGAAUUGGAAGAUCAACUGGAAAUCGAUCUCUAUUUUUUCAGGGAAAUCAAUAGGAACAACAAAAAUUGGAAAACGAAAACAUUCAACACCCGAAUAAUGGAUCUUAUGAUCAAUUCAACAGUUUUCCUCUAUCCCAAACUCCUUCCUAGCAUUCCUUUUCGCGUUAUGCCCUUCCAUUACACCUUCCACAGGCACGAAGGCAUGGCAAUGGCCCAUUUCUACGACACAAUUUACAGAGAUCUUCGAGAACAAGCCCUGAAGCAGACUAAAUACAUCGAACCCAGCCGGAGGAGAGUUUGUGAUAAAAUUAACCUUUUCAUGUGUCCCUGGAAGACCCCAAGGCAAAUCUACAAGUUCCUGGAAAGGGAGAAAAACUCCCCAAUUAUGAAUCCCGUCAAGUACUAUUUUGAGAAUAAUCGCCUCCUGCCCGUGAGUCAUGUGAUAGAGAGUAUUAAUCCCAACCAGGUGUUGGCAAAUCUGCCCCUUAGUUCCCUUCCUAAGAACUGGGAAACAUUUUUCCAGACGGAAAAGAAGAGAAAAGUAAAGGCUCAGAAGGAAAGGGAAUUGCUGGCCAAGAAGAGAAAAAGAGCAAGAUUGAUACAGAAGUUUCAGGCACAGAAGAGAAACCGUGCAAAUCUUAACAAUUUAUCCGCGGAGAGUCUAUCUGAGGGAGACACUGGAGUGACACUGACAGUCUCUCCAGAAAAACAAAUCACAAUCUUCAGCUCGAAUUCACUCAUUGUGAGUAUCAAUGAGAGGACACUACUAAAUUCUUGUACCCCAGAAAGUGUCAGAAAACCAAUUGAACAGACGAGGUUGCAGGAAACCAAAGAAAAUGGUGAGAGUGUUUUAAAAAGGAAACUCGAGAGAAUCCUCAGGGAAUAUAGUCAGGACUUGGAAGAGAAACUACAAAUAUUCAAGGCACACACAAUAUUAUCAAAAAUUUACACUUUUAUUCGUGAAUUUGACAUUUUUGUGAGGAUUUUGGGUGAAAAAAUGCAAGCGGAUAAGAGAAUUCGAGAAUCAGGAGAGAUUCAGGAGGAUCCCAAGAAGCUCAAGCUGAUUGAUGAGAAGCCAAUGCCAGAGCAGAAGAGGCACAAGCAUCGACUUCAUGACAGCAACAGACUUCUAUUGCUUCCGGAACGCAACGAUGAUCAAAUGCAGAGGGACUCUGUUUACUCGUGGAAUUUCUUCGAGAGAGUCGAAUGUACGUUCAAGUCAGCCAAACAGUUUGACAAAUUCGAGAGAUUUCUAACCAUCCUGAACACUUUUAAGCCUGGAAAGGAUGAAGUGGCUGAUUUGUACUACAAACUGGAAGAUUUAUUCUUGCCAGAAUAUCCGGAAUUGGCAGAACUCUUUCUUACAUUUCUCCUGCCCGGACAUGCAGCUCAAGUGGGCAAAUUCUUUGAGCACUUCAUCUUGACCAAUAUGCAAACGCUCCUCACAAAAAUCAAUAUCUACUUUGCCAAGCAACCCAAUCAACUCAAGAAGAUCUAUGCCAGCCUCAGCGAAUUGACACGCGAAGAAGGAUUGACGAUGGACAAGAUCAAGGCUAAAUUCCUGCCACUGCUCAAGGGGAAUCAACUUUUGACGGACUGGUUCCUUCAGCUCUUCCCCAAUGAACGUCCUCCGGCCAGUGACAAUGAUGAAUUUGAGGUGAUUUCACUGAGGAAACAUGCCACGGAUGAGGAAAUGGCUCAGAUAAAUCUGUCAGAAGAUAUUCAAGCUGAGAGAUUCAAGGAUCCUUUUGAAAAUUCACCAUGCUCCAUUAAAUACAUGCAGGGCAGGAUAUACUAUGGGAAUCGUGUUCUUCUGCCUGCAGAACUGUCUUUCCUGGCUAGUCAGGAGAUUGAUCAUCGACAGGAUAGAGAAUCUCGCGAACGAAGUCCUUCAGCUUGCGUCCAUGAAAUUAAACAUGCCUGGGAUGCAAAGAUUCAAGAAGGAUUGAGACUCCAGCAAUCAGAUCAUGCAGAUCCUGGUCCGUCGGAUGCAUCAGCUACCGAUGGAGCCAAAGAAUCAUCCAGCAAGAGUCCUGGAGAUAGUCCAGCUAAACUCUGUGACUAUGCCACUCUCAAGAUGCACGCCUAUCGCCUCAAUCCGCAUGCAAUCACCAGUGAAAUGGUGCUGGCAUGUCAGGAAUCCGCAGAGGAAGGUUCAUCGGGUAAGCAGAGCCCAAAAAAAGCAACGGGUGGGAAGAAGAAUCCGACAUCGCCGAAGAGGGCGACAACGAAAGGAGCUGCAAAGCCACCGGAAACGAAUUCAGCCAUUGAAAUGGCCAGGAGAUUAAAAGUGUUUCUGACGGCCGAAGAGAAGCCGCCCAAGCCACGGAGGGUGAGGCAGAAGAAGCCACCGGAAGAAGAGGAAGAGGAAAAGGAGGAGAUAGUUCCUGAAAAGGUGGAAAAGGUGGAGGAGGACGUGACAUGGACCAGGGACCAGGACAAGAUGAUCCUGGAGGUGAUAAAUGGGGAAUUGGAUUCAGAGGAAGAAGUGAUUGAGCGAUUGGUGGAGUUGAUGGCUGACAGGACGAGAGAACAAAUCACCACGAGAUUUCACUUCCUGCUCAAUGUCCUGCGCAAAUUCCAGACGGACGACUGAAUUAAGUGUAUUAGAUUUUUAUUUUCAAUUAAAGAUCGUGUUUAGUGUACAAA